CACACUGAACUGUCGUAAAAAGUGGUGCAGAUUUUCUUCUCAUACAAGCUAGGCUCCCUUUCAAUCAUUGAGCCAUGGCUUCAGCCCCAGCACAACAGCCCACUCUGACAGUGGAGCAAACCAGGGUGGUGCUAAGUGAGGUGAUCCAGGCCUUCGCUGCCCCAGAAAAUGCUGCUCGGAUGGAUGAGGCGAGAGAGAGUGCAUGCAAUGACAUGGGCAAGAUGCUACAGCUCGUACUCCCAGUGGCCACGCAGAUUCAACAGGAAGUCAUCAAAGCUUAUGGGUUCAACAAUGAGGGAGAGGGUGUUCUUAAAUUUGCCAGACUGGUGAAGAUGUACGAAACACAGGAUCCUGAAAUUGCUGCCAUGUCAGCCAAACUUAAGUCUCUUCUACUUCCUCCACUUUCAACCCCACCCAUAGGGGGCGCCAUUCCUGCUUCAUAGAGGCUGGAAGUGAGGGCUACAAAAUCCAAUCAUCCUUGGCCCUGUAUUAACCACACUAUGUCUUUAAUUUCUCACCAUUUUUAAUACCAUCAAGGUUUUUUUUUUACUACAUUGUAUGGGUUUUGUAAACUUUCAAAUUGUUAAAUUAUUUUUUAUGUCAUAUUUAUUCUCUGUUGACCAUAUUUUUUUGCCAUCUUUUAUACCAUUUUAUAUGUCAUUAUAGACUGAAG